GACACCGGCUCGUUACAAGACGAAAGCCACACUCAGCCUUUAUAAAUGAAUAUCCUGUAUGAGAAUUUUGCGGUUUUAAGUUUUAAAAAAAUAUUCCUGCGAUUAACAUGUCGCUUAACGAUGGAUUUUAUCCCAGUAAAGGAAAGCAUCGCUCUGUGCCGGAUUAUCAAAAGAUCAAGCAAUGCGACCUGGAACAGCUCUUUGAAAAAAAGUUUCGGUACCAAAAACCUUCAGGAACAAACAAAUGGACCUUGCCAUCGUCGGACCAACCACUUUUCUCCGAUUUUUACCAGUUCGAUGCUCUCCAGGGACUCCGGACACAGCUGAAUGCUGUAAAGAGUCGGCUUAAUGAUUACAGCACCCAGGAGUGGAGUGCUCAUACCAAUCGCCGCGAUCCCUCCGGAGAAGUGACCUGGCGCCUGAAGAACGAAACGAAGGCGGAGUUCGUUACCGUGGCUUGGUGCAAGUUCUUCGAGUGUCUUCAUCGCUAUCCGCUAAUCAAGAGUCCUGUGAUCAACACCCUUCAUUUAUGCGAGGCUCCUGGAGCAUUUAUAGCUUCCCUGAACCACUACCUGCAUAGUACCUACAAAGAGGAUGAGAUCCAAUGGCGCUGGCGCUCUACGACUUUAAAUCCCUACUACGAGGGCAAUGCUCUCAACGAGAUGGUAACCGAUGAUCGUUUUAUAUUCCAUACCCUGGACAACUGGCUCUUCCACAAGGAUCUUACUGGCAAUUUGCUUAAUGUGACGAAUAUCGAAAGUAUGGCUGCAAGGUGUGCCGCAGAUUUCCAAGGCAAAGUGGAUCUGAUCACCGCUGACGGCUCCAUAGACUGCGCUGCACAGCCGGACUGUCAGGAGGAGAUCGUGGUACGACUCUUCUUUGCCGAGGUAUUCAGUGCCUUGAAGAUUCUGUCACCUGGCGGUAAUUUUGUGGUUAAGAUGUUCACUCUGUUCGAGGCCUGCAGCGUGUCGCUCUUGUACAUGCUGAAUUGCAUCUUCCAUCAGGUCCACAUAUUCAAGCCUGCAACAUCCAAGCGAGGAAACUCCGAGGUUUAUGUGAUAUGUCUGGAUUAUCUAAAGGACACCCCCGGCUUGAGUCGCAUUCUGGAGGCAAUUCAAGCAAAGCUAGACCAACCGAAUGAUACCAUGGUGAUUCCAAUAUUUGCCAGAUCUCAUAUUCCCCAAGACUUUCUCAUGCAGCACGAGAUUGCAUGCCGGCUGUAUACGAAGAUGCAAUCGGAUGCCAUCGAGGGAAGUAUCUACUCCUUUGAAUCGAAUGAUCGCCAUUAUAUGCGCCACUUGCACCACCUUCGCGGCCUCGUCUCAGAUACGUACUAUCAUCGGUACAAGGUAAAAGUUUUGGAGGACAGACUGUGCCUGGUGAACAAAGAAGCCACGAACAAAGCGCUUGGCUUCUUCGUACCGGUAUACGGUGGAUCUUACACCGAACGGGAGAACCUGAAACACGGUGAUCUUCUCAAGCAGAUCUACUGCCUGCGACGGGAGUUUAACCAAUUGGAAAAGUGCCUCAGUGGCGCGACAACUUCUAAUUAUGUUAAGGACGGAGCAAAGGUUUUGAAGCUCCGCGUAGCUAGAGGAGCUCCGGUGAAAAGCCUGCAGAGCAGCAUGUUUGCUUCGGAGCCAAUUCUCCUACUGCGUCUCCGCAUUCUUGACAUAUUUGAUAUGGAUCCAAUUUGGCAGACGGCUCCCAAAUGUCAUUUAGACGACAAGGUACUCAACUAUCUCCCACCCUCCGAAAAUGAGACCUAUCAUGCCGCUCAGCGGAAAUUCUUCAUUGAUCUCUUGGAGCUUAUCGACGAGAACCGUCCUCAGAGCAUUGUAUUCCACAAGUUCCUGUUCCUCACCCAUUAUUCAGCUUCUGUGCUCUUAUUUUUAAUGCAAACCGUUUACCAGGAAUCCAAUUUCGAAAGCAAGUCGUCGCAGACUCUAACCCUAAGUAAAAUAAGUACCACCGAUAGCAAGGAAAUUAAGGAAGUAAUUAAUCUACUAAAGGAUAAUCAGGAAUUGGGGAUCCACAGUCUGUUUGAAAUCAAGGAACUGCAGAAGAACCAUUUCAGCAGUGUACUCAUACAGCACAACAACAAUGUGCUUAUCACUUGUUUCCGGGGCAUGUUGGGCGAGGAAGCCUUUCCCCGGCCCGUUGCCAUAGCCCCCAAUGUAACCAACGCGAUCAAGGAACCGCCAGCAGUUUUUUAACAUAACGAACAUGUAUUUCUCACUUGCAUAAAAUUACAGUGCUACUUUUACAAAACUA